AUGUUGAAAACAAUAUCUUCCGCGUCUUUCUGGCAGCCUGUGCUUGCAGCUGCAGCCGGAGUUGCUUUCGGCGUACUAUUGGAGAAGUCUCGUCGGCGGCGCACAACUGCGAGCAGCUCCAGCGACGUGGUCAGGUCAGGCAUCGAUGUUGUGGUUGACAAGGAGCAGCUCGAAGAACUCGUUGCCUCCUGUUUGAGAAGUGCGGGCACACCUCCCGAGAAGGCAAAGCUAGUUGCCAGAGUCCUGGUUGCUGCUGACUGUCGAGGAAUACCUUCACAUGGGGUGAAUCGGGCAGAGAUGUACUGUGGCGAACUGAAAGCCGGGCUGAUCGAUCCCACUGCGGAGCCCACGAUUUCGUCAGAUUCCAAGGCUGUUGCAAAUGUGGAUGGCAACAAUGGCUUGGGAGCAGUGGUUUCUCAGUACGCAAUGCAACUCUGCAUACAAAAAGCCAAAACCAAUGGAAUUGGCCUAGUUGUUUGUCACAACAGCAAUCAUUUUGGCAUUGCUGGAUUCUGGUCUGAGCUGGCAUUGAGGGAAGGACUCAUUGGUUUUGCCUUUACCAACACCAGCCCAUUUCUUGUCCCAACUCGAGCCUGUUCGCGUGCGGGAGGGACGAAUCCAAUUGCGUGCUACUGCCCCGGCGACGGAGACAGCUUUCAGCUAGACAUGGCAACCACGACGGUGCCGGUUGGAAAGGUUGAAGUUUGCCAUCGGAAGGGGCAGCAGAUGCCACAUGGAUGGGGGGUUGACACUGGAGGGGCAAGCACCACAAAGCCUAAGGAUGUUUUGAUGGGAGGUGGGUUGACUCCUUUAGGAGGCUUGGAGGAGACGGCAGGGUACAAAGGCUAUGGCCUCAAUAUGAUGAUGGAGAUCCUGUGCGGUGUCCUGAGUGGCUGCACGAAGGUGGGCCCAGCAGUGCCUCCAUGGCGAUUGGACCGUGGCGUGGCGGUGGACUACGGGCACUGCUUCAUGUGCAUCGACCCUCAGCAGCUGCUCCCGUCGGGGAACUUCCAGCAGUCGCUGUCCGCGUACCUCCGGGCGAUGCGGAGCCUGCCGUCGACUGCGAGCUCCGUGCUGGUGCCCGGGGACCCCGAGAAGGCCCAGGAGGCCUCGUCCGAGUCGGGCGUGCGGCUGAACCGCCACGUGGCCCUGGGCCUGCGGAGCCUGGCGCGGACCCUGGGCUGCGCAGUCCCCGGGGCGCUGCGAGACCUGCCCGAGGACGAGGUGCCUUUGUGUCCCCACGUGUGA